AUGGAGAAUCACGACAUGAAUAUGUCCGAGUUAAGUAUAACUCUCCCUAGAGUCUGUGAAGACUGCGAAGCAAUUAUAACAGAUGAUCCUCUUCCUAGUAUUGUGCUUUACUAUUUCAGUCCUGCAGGCUUCUUUGAAGAGAGAUAUAGGGAUGUCGACAUCCAAUGUACAGAAUGUCAGUUAGCCAACCUCGGCGGCGUCCGCGAUGCCCUCGCAGCGGUUUACGAUGCGCCUCCAGAGUUAUUUACCUUGGAGAUGUUCCAGAAGUUAGUCAGCGACCUCCAUGUUCUCGGCGCAUUCAAUUACCCCGAGACGUGGCAUAGUCUCCCGGCUAUUGUCUGGAAAUGGAGGCAUAUUAUCCAUCUUGAGGCCUUAUUCAACCAGAUCGAGUUGUGCCUAGGUAAGGAAUGGGCUAUCAAGUUCUUUCGGUACGCGGCAGAUGUUGCGUUCCUUGCUGCGGACAGCAUCUUAAUCUGCCUCCAACACUCGCCGCCAGGGGGUGGUGAUGUUGAGGCUUUAAGGCAAACCAUCGCGGAUAUCCGCAAAUCUAUGAUUGACCCCAUUCAAGACCCAGAGGGCUUACAGUCGGUUUUUUCCUACAUAGAAGGGCUGUUUAAGGCGAACGGGUAUGCGCGUUACUUAGGAGACCCGCUAGCCGAGGUAAGUCCUAACGGCGACAAGAUCGAUGAUGGUUCGAGCCUAAAGGACGACCAAAACCUCGCCAGCCAAGAAAAAGCCAACGGUCGCUAG